AAUAAUUAUUUCUGCCAUUGCGUUCCGCCAUUUUGCUUGGUCGUGGAGUGAACGUAAAAAUUAUUCCUAUGUAUUUUAUCGUGGAUCUUAGUUAUUUAGUUUAGAAUUAGUGUUACGCCAGACUAAUGGCUUGCUUAAAUACACUUAAGUUAGAAAUCAAGACAUUAGAACAAGUGUUUCCAAAAAGCCAUGAACGGUUUCAGAUAAUGUCUGCUAGUGUCGACGAACUGACCUGCAGAUUCGUUGGCAGAAGUGGAAAGAAAUAUGAAAUACAUGCAAAUAUUACCGAGACAUACCCCACCACACCGCCGGUGUGGUUUGCAGACAGCGAGGAUCCAAUCGUGACAAACGCUGUCCAGAUCCUCAGUAACACACAGGGAAGAGAUAAUCAUGUUAUAAAUCAGGUUGGUAUCCUUUUGAGAGAACUGUGCAAAUUGCAUGGUGUUCCGGAGCCACCUGACCUGGACUCACUGUCACUACCCGUCCACCCCGCACCACAUCAAAGAGUGGGCAGCGUGACGUCGAACGGCGCGGAGUCGGGCACGGAGGAGGACGAGGAGAUGGCGGCCGACGACGACGAGUCGGACGCCGAGGACGACCUGCCGCUGGAGAUGGUGGACGACGCCGCGCGCGGCAACAAGGACGACAUGGAAACCGAACAUUUAGCAACGCUAGAGCGACUCAGACAAAACCAGAGACAGGACUACCUCUCGGGCAGUGUAUCCGGAAGUCUCCAGGCAACAGACAGACUCAUGAAGGAACUUAGAGACAUAUAUCGUUCUCAUUCUUUCAAGAAUAACAUGUACUCUAUUGAGCUGGUGAACGACUCGCUGUACGAGUGGAACAUCCGGCUGCGCUCCGUGGACCCGGACAGCCCGCUGCACAGCGACCUGCUGCUGCUGAAGGAGAAGGAGGGCAAGGACGCCAUUCUGCUCAACAUCAUGUUCAAGGAGACGUACCCGUUCGAACCUCCUUUCGUGAGGGUGGUCUACCCCAUCAUCUCCGGCGGCUACGUGCUAGUUGGCGGCGCCAUCUGCAUGGAGCUGCUGACGAAGCAGGGCUGGUCCUCGGCCUACACCGUGGAGGCCGUCAUCAUGCAAAUAGCGGCCACGCUCGUCAAGGGCAAAGCUCGCAUACAGUUCGGAGCCACUAAGGUGGUGUCGCAGUCGCAGUACAGCCUGGCGCGCGCGCAGCAGAGCUUCAAGUGCCUCGUGCAGAUACACGAGAAGAACGGCUGGUUCACACCGCCCAAAGAAGACGGCUAAUGCCCCUUCGCUACUGCAAGACUUACGUGCAACCGGCGCCCGCGCAUCCGGGCAGCAAGUUGCCGAGCACCAAGCCACAAGUUGCGUGAUCUUCGACUAAAUUCCAUGGAUUACAGUUUCGCCCUUGUACUUGUGUAUAGUAUGACUGAGAACUGUAAAUGUAAAUGUUAAGUGCUAUAGUGGCUGUUCGAGAGACUGUAUAAGACUUAUAGGAAAUGUUUAAACUAUUAUUAUUAAUGCUCUGUCAAACGGACUUUUUAAAUUUCUGUCUUGUUUUUUUUUUUUAAGUUUUUAAUUGAGGGACGAUGCACAAAUUGGAUUCAAUCGAAUUGGUUGGCAUAAUCAUCGGUUCGUAUAAAGUUUGAAAUGUGUAAACGUAUGCGAAACGAUAAUUAUGCCAAAAAAUGUUGUGUGCGUAUUUUAUGUGAAAUAGAAAUUUGUGCAAGCCGAUAUGACCGUUCAUAAAUCAAGUUGAAAUUGAGAGUAGCGUUAUAAAUAUACAAACAUAAAGUCACGUCUAUAUCGUGCCUAAUACUUAUACCUUUUCUUUUCCCCUUUCGAGGUAGACAGAGCCAAUAGUCUCUGAGACCAAGGUCUCGUUCAGCUGAAUCAACACUGUAUUGUAAAGAUCGUAUUAUUUAUUUUAAAAAGGUUUUCUCUAAUAACUCAUUGUCUUCGAUAAAUUUUAAAUACAUCACAUAUAGAAUAUACUGAUGACUUAAGUAAUUUUAUGCUUCAGUAGAUAUGGAGUCCUGUUCAUAUAUAAUUUCUACUAUAUUUUGUCCCUGUCUCCACCCAACAGUAUGACAAGGACAGCGAUAUAAAAAGUCCGUUUGAAAGAACACUAGUGAUUGUGACGAGAUAUAAAUGUGUAACGUUUUUGUAAUCAUUAAUUUGUCAAGUUAUCCACAUUAUGGUAGCCCCAUGUCUAGACGUUACAGAGUGUAAAGUUGGAAAAAUCUUUGCAUUUCUUUUUAGUUAUUGAAUAAAAAACCUGUGAUUCUUAA